GCUGCCGCCGCGGACAUAUUGUUUAAAAAAACAAUAUUUUUAUUCUGUGCGCGAAGUGGCGCGAAGUUCGAUUUGCGCGCCAAAAACUAUAUGACAUUUACUGCAUGUUUUUUUACUAAUAGUAUGACUACAUGAAAAGUGAAUUUUUAAAAGUGAUUAUUGAGAAAUUAUGUGACUGAUUUUUCUAUGAAUUUAUUUAUGGUGUAAUAAAUAUAUUACCGCCUUUAAAUAAUAGUCAAAGGGUAUUGAACUUUUUAAACGAUACGAGAUUGAACUAAACAAUAUUCCGAAUUACUAUUACGAAUUUUAACUGAUAGAACCUUCUAUGGAUAGUACGUAGUGUAAUUAAAAUCGUAUUAAAACGAUUAGUUGUAUAAACGUCAGUGUAGUUUGUAUACUUUGCCUCAGAGUAAAGUGAGUUGUGCAAAAUGAAGGACUUGGCUCAGAUAUGGAACAAGUUUGCUGGAAGACAGUAUGCGUCUGUGAACAUCACAGAAAAAGAACUGAGGGACCUGUCACAUAACAGGCUAAAGAGAGCAGACAUCGAUGUGUCGAAUUUUGAGCAGAACUUUUCAGAGUGCGAGGGACUGAACUACAAGUUUACGGAAGAUUUGGACUUUACGGACAGGAAGGAUGCCAUUAUAAACAGAUUGUUUGAAAGGCGAAAAAAGGGACAAAUCGCUAGACAACCUAAAUGUCUGUUCCUGUUCCUCAUGCUAGGAUUCUUCUCGCUUGGAGCGGCUUGUUUCAUAUUGUUUCUGCGACCUUACGACUUCUUUUUCAGUCAGAAAGCGAUCCUGGAGGAUGGCGGAGAGAUCUUCGAGAUGUGGCGCAAGCCCGAGGUGAAGCUGUAUUGCCGAGUGUACCUGUUCAACGUGACCAAUGCGGAGGAGUACAUGGCGGGCAAGCAUCACAAGCUCAAGCUGCAGGAGGUCGGCCCCUACGUCUACAGAGAGCGUCUGGAACACGAGGUGCUUCAGUUCAAUGAGAACGGCACGCUGUCCGCCAUCCCGCGACACCCCCUGGCCUGGGAGGAGGAGCUGUCUGAGGGCAACAGGGAGGACGACAUCGUCUACAUGCCGCACAUCGCACUACUGAGUAUAGCGAACGUGGUGUCGAAGCAGAGUUUCGUGACGCGCUUCGGACUCAACAACCUGAUAUCUCUGACCAACACGCGGCCGCUCGCGCGCAUGACGGCGCGGGAGUUCAUGAUGGGCUACAGCUCCGAGCUGAUGACCCUCGGCAACACCUUCAUGCCCGGCUGGAUAUACUUCGACAAACUGGGCCUCAUCGAUCGGAUGUAUGACUUCGACGGUGACUACGAGACGAUCUUCACGGGCACCGAUGACGUCACCAACUCCGGUUUGAUCGACACUUACCGCGGCUCGACGCAGCUCCCGCAGUGGGAGGGCCGACAUUGCUCCAACGUUCAGUUCGCCUCCGACGGCACCAAGUUCAAGAGCGGCGUCGGCACCAACCAGUCCAUACUCUUCUACAGGAAGAGUCUCUGCAGGGCCGCGCCACUGAUCCCCGUCGCCGAAGGUACAAAGGGCGGUCUCAAAGGCUACAUGUACACGUUCCCCGAACACAUGCUGGACAACGGCAAGAACAUCAAGGAGAACAAAUGUUUCUGCAGAAAAGGUAAAUGUCUGCCGGAGGGUCUGAUCGACGUGACGGACUGUUACUACGGCUUCCCCAUCGCUCUCUCCUACCCCCACUUCUACAAGGGAGAUGACAUCCUCUUCAGCAAAGUGGAGGGCCUCAAGCCUAAUAAGGAGGACCAUGAAACCAGGUUUUGGAUUCAGCCGGACUCCGGUCUUCCUCUGGACGUGAGCUCCAAGUUCCAGAUCAACAUGGCGCUCGACGACAUAUCCAUGAUCACCAACACCGAGGGGUUCUCCAACAUGUACCUGCCCAUGCUCUGGUUUGAUAUCAGAAUGUUCAGUUUAACGCCCUCGUUGGAGCAAAGGUUCAACUUGUACCUCAACGUGCUGCCGAUCGUGGAGAAGUGCGCGAUGUACUUCUGCUUCAUCAUCGGCGCCGCUCUCAUCCUCAUCACCACCUACAUUCUCACCUUCAAGAUCAUGUUCAAGAAUUACAACAACAAUCGUAACAGAAAAUGUAACUUCAAUUUCAAAACAAACCUUUGGUUCAAUCAGGAGAAAACGAAUAACAAAAAGGCACGCGGAGAUUCAGUUUACGCUCCCUGUGAGAUACCUCUCAAUGAUACGGAGUCCGACAAUUCCGAUCCGCAACUCGACGAUAAAAAGCAGAGUUUCAUCAAAACCCACGGCGACAAGAUCAAGGAGCUCGGCAACAAACUGUCGGGUAAAGUUCACGACUCCGUCGGAAACGUUAAAGGUACGAUCAAAGAUGAACUUUCUCAAGUGAAGAAAGCGAUAAACGAACGGAAAAGUUCUCUCAUAAGUCCGGAGGCUGAGAGGAGCGACUCCGGAGAAGAAAACUACUCGCAUUACAAACCUGUCAAUCAAAGCGACAGCGACGAGGAUUGCAAGUACUUGGAGGUGGUCGACGACGGCUGCGAGUUUGAUGACUUCUCCCGCGACACGCGCACAGCUUCCGCGCACAAUAAUCAACUUUAUAUAAACAUCGGAUAAUUUAUAUAACAAAAUAUAAAAUGUUUCCAGUUCCAGAUUGUUGUUGAAAGUGAAUAGUUCAGAUUCUUCUUUUACUGUUUGUACAACUUUAGCAUUUACUACGAUUUAACCAAAUAUAGUUUCUGCGUUUGCUUCGAAGUAGUCAAAUAUAUGUCCGAGUGAAAAUAUGGCAUCCAAUCGUCAGAUUUAUUGAAGGGCAAAGUGUAUGGAGUGAGUGAAUGAUCGACUAAAUAUUUUCAUGUGUUGUUUGUAAUCGUACGAUGAACUCCUCCGCGGACGAUUUGGUGAAUUAAAUAUUUGGUUUUACAAAUAUUACGAAGCGUAAUAUUUAUUAUAUUAGUUUUAACAUCAGUUAGAGAUGCCGGCGCCGAUCUUGUCGCAGUCAUUUCAACUGAGACCGAUAUCUACCUGAUAUAGUUUUAGUGGUUUAUUUUAGAUAGAAUAUCCGUAAUGUAGAUAAAUAUCUCUCUCGAUAAGUAUUAAGAGUAAGACUUUGGUCAGUUGUUUCACAUUACGAGAUAAGAGGGUUACAAAGGUAAGGUAAGCGACAUGACGACUGUGAUUUAGUAAUUCUUCUAUCUGUGUGUUAUCUGAGAGUGAGCAGUUCUACAGAGAGCAGAGAAUCAGUAGAA